AUGAUGGAACACAAAAGAGGCCCAAUCUCUGUUGAGCAAGGCAGACUCACUUCAUUGACACCAAAACGACAUAAGGCUGAUCUAUCUAUCUCAUCAAAGGAAAGGAAAGAUAAGGUUGGUGAACGGAUUGCAGCUCUUCAACAGCUUGUUUCACCAUAUGGGAAGACUGAUACAGCUUCUGUCCUUCACGAAGUGAUGGAAUACAUAAUAUUCCUCCAUGAACAAGUUAAGGUUUUGAGUGCUCCAUACCUCCAUGGUACACCAACAGCUAAGACACAGGAAUUGGAGGCGUAUAGUCUGAGAAAUAAAGGCUUAUGUCUGGUGCCAAUUACUUGUACUGUUGGAGUUGCUAGCAGCAAUGGUGCAGAUAUUUGGGCCCCCAUCAAGACUGCUUCCCCUAAAUUUUGA